CGUGCCUGCGCACGAGGUCAGCUUGUCCCCAGCUCUUGGUGGGUUUUCAAAGAUUUACUCAGUUCAGACACCUGGCCUGGCUGACAGUGCAGCGGGUUUAAUAUUAAUUUAAAAAACAUUUUAUGGUUAAUUUAUAACAGCGACCUGCAUUUCCUGUUAUGGCGACUCCCCCGAAGAGAAUGUGCUCCCAGCCUGACUUCAACAGCAGUUUUGAAAAGAGAGCUAAGAAGAUAUCCAUUGAAGGAAACAUUGCUGCAGGCAAGUCGACCUUUGUGCGCUUGUUGGAAAGAGAAUCGGAGGAAUGGGAAGUGAUCCCUGAGCCCAUUGGCAAGUGGUGCAAUGUUCAGACUACGGAGAACGAGUUUGAGGAGCUGACCACGUCCCAAAAGAGUGGAGGCAACCUGUUGCAGAUGUUGUAUGACAAGCCCAGCCGCUGGUCCUACACCUUCCAGACCUACGCUUGCCUAAGCCGCGUUCGUGCCCAACUUCAGCCCGCCUCUGCCAAGCUGCAACAGGCUGAGCAUCCAGUCCAGUUCUAUGAGCGCUCGGUCUACAGUGACAGAUACGUAUUUGCUUCAAACCUAUUCGAGUCUGGAGACUUCACCGAGACUGAGUUUGCCAUCUACCAAGACUUUCAUAGCUGGCUUCACUCUCAGUUUGAGUCUGACCUUGAGCUUGAUGCCAUAAUCUAUUUGCGAGCCGAUCCUGAGAGGUGUAUGCAACGUCUUAAAUGCCGAGGUCGUGAGGAGGAGCUGGGAAUUCCUCUGGAGUACUUGGAGAAACUUCACUAUAAACAUGAGUGUUGGCUCUAUAACAGAACUACACAGCUUGAUUUUGAGUACUUGAAGGAUCUCCCUGUUCUGGUGCUGGAUGUUAACGAUGACUUCAAGAAUGACAGAAUUAAGCAGCAGGAAGUGGUUGACAAGGUGAACGAAUUUCUGUCUACGCUCUAAUACAUAAUCAAGCACUCUCUGAAGAGUGUUUGUGUGUGGUUUUUAAAGCAGGCUUUUAUUUUUUUAAAUAUUAUUUUUCCAUACCUUUUUUUAUUUUUUAUUUUAUUUCCAUACCUCAAAUAUAGAUGUAUUAAGUGAGAAAUGCAUUACAUCAAAAUCAACAAGCAGUUUUACAACGAAACAACUACAGUGACCUCCGAUUGUGUUCGGGGCUUUGCCUGGGUAUGUAAUUGUCAUCAUGUAAUCCUUGUCAUCGUCACACUUUAUUAAUUUUUUUUUUUUUUUUAACUGUUUGAAACGAGGUUGAACUUGACUUUAAAUUGUAAAUAUGUAUUUAUAGUUGUCUUAUUAAAACACAAAGCACUUGUUUUUUCUGUUUUAUGCUGUUGAGAUUUUUUUCAUAGUAUUUUUACAAAAUAAAAUUGCCUUUAAUAUGCCUAAGUAAACUGCAAUAAAUGUUGUUGGUCUUUA